AUGUGGUAUUAUUCUUCUCAAAUAAAACUUCUAUUUAGUGUUCAAACUGCACAAGGUGAAGGAGAAGAAUUGAUACGUACACUAGCUUCAGUUUUAGAUAAGAAUGCUUCAACUGUUGAUUGGACAUUAAUCGAUGUAAAAUUACCAAAUGAAAAAAUCAAAAUAUAUGUUGUAACAUAUGUAACACAGAAAUAUUUAGCAUUUGAUGAUAUUUCUGUGGAUUAUUGUGAUGGUCAACUGCCUCCACCUCCUAAAGUUUUAUAUACUUGUGAUUUCGAAUCAUCUUGCUCAAACGAUUUUGUUACAUUACCAGCAUAUCAAUAUAAAUGGUUAAUAUCGAGUGCAAGUGAAGCUCGUCAAAUUGAAUCAUCUGCUCCAAUUGUUGAUUAUACAUUUGGAAAUAGUUCAGGACAUUAUGCAUUUGUGCCAGUUUCUCAUAUAGUCGAUAAAGGUAAAGUUGGUUAUAUGCAUUUAGAAAAACAAUUCCAAGUAACAUUUCAAGAAUCUUACUGUUUGAAUUUUCAAUAUUAUGCUUAUCCAGCAAGUAGUAACAGCUUUUUAAGAAUUUAUUCAUGGGCUUCAGAUGGAUCAAAAGCAAUUGGAUUUCUAUGGCCUGAAGACAAAUCAGGACAUCACAUAACCAGCGGUCGAUGGGGUUGGGGUAUUAUUAAUUUACCAGUUGGUAAUUAUUCAUUUCUUUUUCGUGUGGAUACUUAUGAUACUUCGGCAUAUUCGUUUGCUCUCGAUAAUAUUGCUAUCAUCUCAUGUGAUUAUCCACCUACAACUAAUUCAUACAAUUCUCUUCUUUCUUUCUCAUGUAAUUUUGAUAAUUUGACAAUGUGUGAGAUGAUUAAUGAUAAGAACUCGACAUUUAAUUUCACGGCAUUUACUGGUGAGACCAUACCUGAUCAAGAACUUGGUCCCACUCGAGAUCAUACACAUAAUUCAACAUCUGCUGGUUUUCUCUACUGGAAUCAAAAUUUGCCAGUCAGUACAAAUGAUAAAGGUGGUGUAUAUCUAUCAAAAAAAAUUGAACAAAAUACUAAUAUGUGUAUUAGAUUUGCUUAUUAUAUCAAAUCAAAAUUAGUUAAUAAAAAUACAACACUAAUUCGUCUAUCUAGUGAUGAAAGUUCUAGUAAAGUAUUAUGGUAUCAAUUAUUCGAUGAUAGUCAAGGAUGGCAGAUAGUUAUUGUACCUUUAACCAAUGUUGCUAGUGCAAUAACAUACUCUUUUGAAGCUUACCGACUCGACCCAACAUUAACAGCUGUUGCUUUCGAUGAUAUUGAAAUUGACCAAUGUAGUUCUAUCAUAACAACUACUACAAGUACAUCGACAACAACAGCUACAAGUACAUCGGCAACUACUACCACCACUACUACUACUACGAGUACAUCAACAUCUACUACGACUACAACACUUCAUAAUAAUGCUCAUCAACUAUUUUCUCUAAAUAUAUGUAGUUUGAUAAUUUAUUAUUUUCUCUUCCAUAUUUUUCGACAUUUCUUUUAA